AUGCAAACAAAUUAAAAUGAUGAGUUUUAUCUCAGAUAUUAUGUUGGACACAAAGGUGUGUAUGGACAUGAAUUUCUUGAAUUUGAGUUUAGGAGUGAUGGAAGAUUAAGAUAUGCGAAUAAUUCCAACUAUAAAUCAGAUGUUUUAAUCAGAAAGGAAUGCUAUGUUUCAGAAUCAGUGAUUUCAGAGUUCAAGAGAAUAAUCGAAGAAUCAGAAAUCAUUAAAGAGAAUGAUUCAAAAUGGCCAGCUCCAGAUAAAAUUGGAAGACAAGAAUUAGAAAUCAAAUUGGGGAAUGCUCACAUUUCAUUUACUACAUCAAAACUUGGAUCAAUUCAUGAUGUGUAAAGCAGUUAGGAUCCAGAUGGCUUAAGAGUUUUCUUUUAUCUGAUCCAAGACUUGAAAUGCUUUGUAUUUUCAUUAAUUGGACUUCAUUUUAGAAUAAAACCUGUAAAUUGAAUCAUUUUUUAUGUUAAUUAUAUUUAUUAAGGCUUA